CGUAUACAAACUGGUAUCUUAAAAGCAUUUAAUAAUCCAACUACUAAGACAGCAGAUGAGGAAACUAGAAGAAAAGUCAAAGCAUAUGGAAGAGAGGGUGUGAAGAUGAACUUCAUAGAUAGGAUCUUUGUUGGUGAAUUGACUAGCACUGUCAUGUGUGAGGAAUGUGAAAAUAUUUCAACAGUAAAAGAACCUUUCAUUGAUCUUUCACUUCCUAUAAUAGAGGAGAGGGUUGCAAAACCUGUGCCUUUGGGAAGAACAGGUAAAGGUAAAAGUGUACAAGAGGCAGAUCUUGGUCAAUAUAACUGUUCUUCUAUCACUACAUUGAAUAAUCAACCCAAAAUUGUCAAGAAACACGCUUUAACAAAAGAUAAGAAUCAGUUGAACCAGGAGAGACGACUUGCCAGGAAAGCUUCCUCUAAUGAAGAAGAAAGAAGUCCUGUUAUCAUGCAGGAAAAAACCAAAAAGCUUGAGCUGGAAGGCAGCUCUGGUGUCCUGUACUCCAAAGAUACAACUGCUGACUCUGCUGUAAAUGGAAGUCAGACAGAUGGCAGUGAGAAGGAAGCCAGCCGCUCUGAAAGCAGCUUUGAUGCAGACAGUGAAGCCUCGGAAAGUGAAAGUGCAUCUAAGCAAACAGCUUUCAGCCCAUCCGGCGACAUGUCUGGUUUGCAUGUCAGCCACAUAAAUGCUAAAAUGCCACACAACAAACCAAGUGAUGGUAAUGAUGAGAUGAUUUCCAGUGCCAUAUCCCAACUCAGCUUCUGUGAUACUAUGAACGAAGAUAAAAAAUUGAGCCGUGGGGAUACAGCGUUAGGUUUAUCGAAUAAUUCCAUGUUCUCAGACAAAUCCCCGCUAUCCCAAAACCCUCAAAAUGCUUUCCAGACGCUUUCCCAAAGCUACAUAACUAGCUCAAAGGAAUGUUCUGUUCAGUCCUGCCUUUACCAGUUCACCUCUGUAGAGCUCCUGAUGGGGAACAACAAGCUUUUAUGUGAGAGCUGCACAGAAAGGAAACAGAAGUAUCAGAAGAAAACCAACUCCACAGAAAAGAAAACGGACGGUGUCUACACAAAUGCUCGGAAACAGCUGCUGAUUUCUUCAGUUCCUGCUAUUCUUAUUCUGCAUCUGAAAAGAUUCCACCAGGCUGGUUUGAGUCUACGGAAAGUAAAUAGGCAUGUGGAUUUCCCACUGAUUUUAGACUUGGCACCAUUUUGUUCCGCAUCUUGUAAGAAUGUUACGGAUGGUGCAAGAGUGCUAUACAGUCUUUACGGAAUAGUAGAGCACAGUGGGUCAAUGAGAGGUGGUCAUUAUGCGGCGUAUGUGAAAGUCAGGACACCCUCCAAGAAAUUACUAGAGCAUAUUUCUACCACUAAAAGUGUUCUGGGUUUAAAAGAAGCCAUGGGAGCAUCAGGAGGACAGUGGGUGUAUGUUAGUGAUGCCCAUGUUCAGAUGGUUCCAGAAUCAAGAGUACUAAAUGCACAAGCAUAUCUACUUUUUUAUGAAAGACUAUUACUAUAAUUUUCAACAGUUUAAUUUAAAAGACAGUAGUGGUUAUUUAGUUUAUCUUAUUUAAAGCUGCAGUGGUAAGAGUACCUGUAAAUAUUGUGCCUUUAUCUUGUAGAGAAUUUAUCAUAUGUUGACUCUGAAGUUCAGUCACGCUAUUAUAAAUAUCUGAAUGGUUCUCUUAAAGUAUGCACUUUGCCAAACAUUUAAAAUCCCUGGAUUCAUUAAAAUACAGUACCGUUAGAAUGUAAGAUGAUGUCCUAUCCUACUGAAGUCUAUGGAAAGUUUGUUCUUGAUUUUAAUAAGCUUUCACCCAUAGUUCUAGAACAAUUGAGAAUAAAAAUACUGAUAGCAUUAAGUGCCUGGAUUUGCUGGUGUACAGUAACAAUAUAAAGUAUUUCAACUUUUUGUGAUCUAGUCCAGAUCCUUCCCGUCACUGGGUUGGAUGUCAGCUGUUAAGACUUUUGCAGACAAGAACCUGUCUAAUUGUGUCGCUUCCACAUGUAGUAUUUGGGAAGCACAGUGCUUCCAGAAUGGAGUAACAACAGCUGUCUCUGGGUAAUGCUGCUGUGCACUCUCCUGAUAAAGCGGGGAAUAGACUGGGAGAACACGGCUUCUACAAAGUGACAGUGAAUCCUCAGAUACCCAGAACGCUGUCAGCUGUCUCCUCCUGGCAGUGGCAUAGCAAUGUACUCCUGUUUUAAUAUAAAUAUAUACUUGGUGUGCUUACGUAUAUCCUCUGAGAUAUAUAUAUAUAUAUGCGCACACCAUAAAUCCAUCAAUCUGUAUUGUCAUUUUGCCUACUAGGAAAGAGAAUUGCAAAUACUUCUGUAUGUAGUAAAUUUUCAACUUCAUAAUUAUGACAAUGUACAGCUAUAUAAGCUUGUGUAUGAAUAUGUAUGGGGUUCAAGUGUAACUGGGUAAUUCUGUUACUUUUGGUUCUAAACAUGAAUUUGUUUAUCUGUUCCUGAAUAAUUUUCUCACAGGAGUAAUAAACUAUAAAUUAUU